CGAAUCAUUUCACUCUUCCUAUUGCAAUAAUCAAACACUUUCCCUUGAUUUUGGGUUCAACCAUCAAUGGCCGAAGCAAUUGCUUUUGACGUCGCCGGAGGGCUCGCUAGUAAGUUGAGCUCCCUUGCUCUCUCUCAAAUUGGACUAUGGUGGAAUUUCAAAGAUGACAUUGAGGACCUCAACAACACCAUCUCAACAAUCAAAGCUGUACUUCUUGAUGCCGAAGAACAAUCCAUGACCAGCAACCUCGUCAAAAAUUGGCUUGAAAAGCUGAAAGAUGCACUUUAUGAUGCUGAUGACUUGCUCGAUGAUUUCUCUACCGAAGCUUUGCGAAAAGAUCUACUCAGUGGGAACAAGCUGACGAAAGAGGUACGCCUUUUCUUUUCAAGCUCAAACCAGUUUGUUUAUGGUCUCAAAAUGGGCCGUCAAAUUAAGGCCAUUAAGGCCAGGUUAACUUCCAUUGGAAGUGAGGCCAAGAUGUUCAACUUGGUAGAGCGUGAUCGUCUCGUGGAAACCUCUUUCAUGUCUAAAAAGAGGCAGCGAACGCACUCUUUUGCGCAUAAAGAUGAAAUAAUAGGGAGGGAAGAUGAUAAAGCAGCUCUUCUAAAACUCAUGUUAGAGUUUCAAAGUGAAGAGAAUGUUUGUAUCAUUCCAAUUGUGGGGUUUGGAGGGCUAGGGAAGACUGCGCUGGCACAGUUCGUUUAUGAAAUGGUCAAAGAUCAUUUUGAGUUGAGGAUAUGGGUGUGUGUUUCAAAUAUUUUUGAUUUGAAAACAAUAGUGGAAAACAUUAUCAAAUCUGUAGCUAACCAUGCACCUGAUCAAAAUCUCGAAAUGGAUCAAUUGCAAAAACAACUUCGAGAUGAAAUUCGUGGGAAAAAGUAUUUACUUGUUUUGGAUGACAUUUGGAAUGAGGAGUGGGAACAAUGGGUUAGCUUAAAGAAAUUAUUGAUGGGUGGGGCUAAAGGGAGUAGGAUAAUAGUAACUACUCGCUCUUUAAAGGUAGCAAAGAUUACUAGUAAAUGUCAACCUCAUGUUCUAAAAGGCUUGUCUGAUGAUGAUGCUUGGUCAUUGUUCAAAGAGAUAGCAUUUGAGCAAAUAUCUACAGAUUCACUUAGUUCAGAGUUUGUGGAAAUAGGAAAGCAGAUUUUGGAAAGGUGUGGUGGAGUUCCCUUAGUCAUAAGGACGAUAGCUGGUACGUUAUCUUUCAAAAAUUCUAAAAAUGAUUGGCUUUCUUUUAAAGAUAACGAACUUGCUAGAAUAUCUCAGAACGAAGGUGAAAUUUUACCUACACUUAACUUGAGUUAUGAUCAUCUUCCAUCCCAUUUGAAGCAUUGUUUUGCUUAUUGUCGGUUAUAUCCAAAAGACCAAAAAAUUGAUGUACGAACACUUGUUCAAUUUUGGAUUGCACAAGGUUUCGUAAAGCAAUCAAAUCCUAGUCAAUCUCUUGAAGAGAUUGGGUUAGGAUAUUUUAAAGAUUUAGUUGAAAGAAGUUUCUUUCAAGAGGUAGAAGAUGAUGAAACCUGGUUUACAACAUGUAAAAUGCAUGAUUUAAUGCAUGAUCUAGCUGAAGUAGUAGCAGGGACAGAGAGUAGUUUGGUAGAUUCAAAUUCAAGUGCAAGUGAGGUCAGUGAAAAAUGUCGUCAUGUAUCAAUUAGUCCUUUAUUAAUUCCUUUGCUUAAGGGAAAGAAGUUGCGAACUUUACUUUGUUUUCCAAAAGAGAGCGAGCAAAGCCAAAUUAUGAGCGAGGACGAAACAUGGGAUUUAAUAAUUUCAAGAUGUAGAUGCUUGCGGGUAUUAAAGUUGAAUAAUUUAAAUCUUAGUACAAUUCCACGUUCCAUUCAUAAAUUGAAACAUUUAAGGUAUCUAGAUCUUUCCGACAAUCCCAAUCUUAAGAUCCUUCCAAAGAGUAUUUGCAAUAUGCAAAAUUUGCAUGCUCUGAAACUUGAUUGGUGUGUUGGGCUUGAAGAAUUGCCGAAAAAGAUUGAAAAAUUGGUGAAUAUUUCCCAUAUAGGGUGUGUACAUUGUUAUGGCUUAACUCAUAUGCCGCGUGGAAUAGGGAAGUUGACUUCCCUUGAGAUGUUAAGCAGGUUUGUAGUGGACAAAGAUGGCUCCCAUGGUGGAGCAGAUCUAAGUGAAUUGAGUGGGCUUAUCAACUUAAAGGGAGAGCUAACGAUAAGUAAUUUGGGAUUUGUGAAAAAUGCAAAAGAGAUGUUUAGGGCUGCUAAUUUAAAAGAGAAGCAACAUUUGGGAGCAUUGGUUUUAGAAUGGGGCGAUGGCAAUAAUGAUGAUGAAAAGUUACUUGAAGACCUCCAGCCCCAUCCAAAUCUGAAGAUGUUGAAGGUGGACGGGUGGAGGGGUGAUGCCAAGUUUCCAAGUUGGCUUUCUUUGCUUAAAAAACUCGUUGAUAUUACCAUAUGGGGUCCGAGUAAUUUCAAACAUCUCUCAUCCAUUGCUCAAUUGCCUUGUCUUCAACAGCUGAAGAUAUCUAAUUUAACUGAGCUCGAGUACAUGGAAGAUCAUGGCCCCAAUGGAAGACAAGGAGACACAGAAUCAUUCUUUCCGUCGCUUAAAGUUCUUCGUCUCUGGAACUGCCCGAAUAUGAAGAGUUGGUGGAGAACGACAAAACCAAUCGACGAUGAUUCCAACGAGGACGACACAACAGUUAUAAGAGCAUCAACCAUGGCAUUUCCUUGUCUUUCCUCUCUAGAUAUUAAAUAUUGCCCUUUGACUUCGAUGCCGCUGUAUCCAUCACUCAAUGAAAAGCUAAAGUUGGUUAAUACCAGUUCAAGGCCAUUAAAGCAGACCAUCAAGAUGAGCAUCACUAGUACGACCCCAUCAACUUCAACCUCUUCUCUUCCUCUCUCCAAAUUGAAAUCUUUCCAUGCAGAGAACAUUGAGGGACUGGACACCCACAUGCUAGAUGAUUGCUUGCAAAAUAUGACUUCCCUUGAACGCUGUUUUAUUGAUUCUUGUCAUUUGCUAGAGUCUUUAUCUGGGUGGCAGCAACAUCUCAUCGGCCUCAAAACUUUAAUAAUAAAAGAUUGCAACGAGGUUGAUUUAGAGGGCAUGCAAUGGGAACCCCUUAAGAAUCUCUCUUGUUUGGUGAUUGAUAAUAUUCCAAAGCUCGUGUCUCUCCCCAUUGGGAUUCAACAUCUUGUUCAAUUGAAAUCAUUAGAAAUCCGUAAUUGCAGUGGAUUGAGGUCACUCUUUCCAGUGUUCCAACAUCUAACUUCCCUUGAAGAGUUUUCAAUAAGGAAUUGCAAUGAGCUGGAGUUAUCUGGAGCUGGCAUGCAAAUAUUCCAGGGUUAUACAAGCUUACGUGCUCUAUGGCUGGAAACCAUUCCGAAGUGUCAGCGUCUUCCAGAGUGGCUUCAACAUCUAACAAAUCUGCAACAGCUUUAUCUCGUUGAUUUGCCCAAUUUAACAUCGCUUCCGGACGAGAUGCGUUGCCUAACCAGUUUGGAGGAGUUAUGCAUACGACAAACUCCCCAGUUGGAGGAAAGAUGUCGGAAGGACAUUGGGGCCGAUUGGCAUAAGAUUGCUCAUAUAGCUACAGUGACCAUAGAAGACUUUUAGCAAAAGCAAUUUGGAAAUUUCAAGAAUUUAAAUGCAGAAAAAUGUGGAGCUUAUACCAAAUACUGUGAUCACUAAAAUAGUUAGAAGAGCAACACUAACAAGGAAUGACAGGUAAUUCAUACCACUCGUUUCUUUUCUUCUAUUUUCUAUGAUAUGUUUAGGUCAAAUUUAGCUAUCAGACCCUUACUUUGUGUAAACUGAGAUUUAGUACUUGUACUUAAUUUGAUCAAAUUUAGUCCCUGUACUUUUUGAAUUUUGAUUUUUUUGUCUUGAUCAAAUGGUAGCAAUUAAAUCUGUUUUGUUAAAUUAUGCUAUUAGUCCUGUAUUAUGAAUAAAGUUAUAAAUUUAGUCCAUAUUCUCUAACUGGAUCAUUUUUAGUUGCUAUAUUUUUUGAAUGUCGAAAUUUUAAUCUUCAUGCAAAUGACAAUGUUAAAUCUAUUAACUAAUUUCUUUGUGAGUAAUAUGCGAAAGCAACAAGCUGACAUAACAUUAGAUAUGAAAUAAUAUAACACUGAUGAUGGUAAGCAUUUUAGUAAAGAAAAAUUAAUUUGGCAAAAGGUUUUGAGGUAUAAACACUAACGGGAAUGUGAGUUUGUUACUAUCACACAUGAUGAUGACGCCCAAUGUUUGGCCCUAUCUUAAAUUUUGUGUUUGGCCACCAUUUGUGCACAAAAUACGGGGUUAUGUUUUUAGUAACAGUAAGUCUUUCUUCUACCUUUCGAUAGUGCUCAGUCUAAACGAGAUCAAUUUUAUCCUAUUGUAUAUUGACAUUUAUAAUUUCCAAGUUCUUGUUGCUAUGUAGAGGGAAUUGAUGUGCUAGAAUCCUCCUUAGCUCACCAAGAAACGCCCCUGCCAUGCCCAUGUUCUUCCUUUCUUUCGAGGAUUGCAGUAUCUCGUUGCAUCUAAUUCCGGAGGAAGAGCCUAUUGUUUAAACGUCAAGGAGGGGGUUACACGAACAAAUUAAUAAAUAAUACUUAAUUAAGGGACUGUCUUUCUUCAUGAAUUUUGUGCAGUUUUCAAUAUUUCUUGAUGAUGCAAUGCAUAAAGAAAGAAAAAGUUGUGCAGA